AGUGUUGGAGAAACAAUGUUGGAGAAACAGUGUUGGAGAAGCAGUGUUGGAGAAGCGGUGUUGGAGAGCCCGAGACAGUGGCGGCUCCGUGCAGCAGCCGACCAAACUUACUCCAUCAUGUCCGACGCCGAGGACGACUUCAUGUGUGAUGAUGAGGAAGAGUACGACUUGGAGUACUCGGAAGACAGUAAUAGUGAACCUGAUGUUGAUCUUGAGAAUCAGUACUACAACAGCAAGGCCCUAAAAGAAGAUGAUCCAAGAGCAGCUCUUACCUCCUUCCAGCGUGUCUUGGAUCUUGAAGCUGGCGAUAAGGGCGAAUGGGGUUUCAAGGCACUCAAACAGAUGAUUAAAAUAAAUUUUAGACUGGGAAAUUACGAGGAGAUGAUGACACGCUAUAAGCACUUGCUGACUUAUAUUAAAUCAGCAGUUACUCGGAAUUAUAGUGAAAAGUCCAUCAACUCAAUCCUGGAUUACAUAUCUACAUCCAAAAAUAUGGAGUUACUGCAAGAUUUCUAUGAAACAACACUAGAAGCCUUAAAAGAUGCCAAAAAUGACCGACUAUGGUUUAAAACAAAUACAAAAUUAGGCAAGCUGUAUUUUGACCGAGAAGAUUACACAAGACUCUCCAAGAUAUUGAAACAGCUGCAUCAGUCGUGUCAAACUGAUGAGGGAGAGGAUGAUUUGAAGAAGGGGACUCAGCUUUUGGAAAUAUAUGCUCUGGAGAUCCAGAUGUAUACUGCUCAAAAGAACAACAAAAAAUUGAAGGCCUUGUAUGAGCAGUCACUUCAUAUUAAAUCUGCAAUACCUCAUCCCCUGAUCAUGGGUGUUAUUAGAGAGUGUGGAGGAAAGAUGCAUCUUAGGGAAGGAGAAUUUGAGAAGGCCCAUACAGACUUUUUUGAAGCAUUUAAAAACUAUGAUGAAUCUGGUAGCCCAAGGAGGACAACAUGCUUAAAGUAUCUUGUUUUAGCAAAUAUGUUAAUGAAAUCUGGUAUCAACCCAUUUGAUUCACAAGAAGCAAAACCCUACAAGAACGAUCCAGAAAUUUUAGCAAUGACCAACUUGGUGGCUGCGUACCAGAAUGAUGACAUCAAUGAGUUUGAAACUAUACUGAAACAAAAUCGAUCAAAUAUCAUGGAUGAUCCAUUUAUCCGGGAGCACAUUGAAGAUUUACUAAGAAACAUCCGUACACAGGUCCUCAUAAAGUUAAUCAAGCCGUAUACACGAAUUCACAUCCCUUUCAUCUCAAAUGAACUCAAUAUUGAUGCCACUGAUGUUGAAGCUUUGCUAGUGCAGUGCAUUUUAGACAACACAAUUGAUGGCCGGAUAGACCAAGUGAACCAGGUGUUGGAGUUGACGAGGGGAGCCGAAGGAGCAGCUCGCUAUACUGCCCUUGAUCGCUGGACGAACCAGCUGCAGUAUCUACAGUCUGUAAUUGUCACUAAAAUGAAUUAGGUAGACAUGGAAGUAAAACAGCAGAUACCAUUGAUGAAAUGUAUUCUGGGAACUAGAUUUUUUCAGCAUGCAGGAAGUUAGUGAGAAAAAUUAUUUAUAAACAGAAUUUACCAAAAAAAAUCCUGUACACAUUCAGCAAAAGUGUACAAAAAAAAAAUAUUAUUGUAGGGAGCAAAAGUUGUGUAAAUUUCUUAAUAUUUUAAUGAGUUAUUAUUUUGUAACUGUGACAAAUGUGAAAAGCUUAAGUUGAAUAUGAUAACAAGACACACAGUACUGAAAUGACUCUACAGUUGUGCUUCUGAUUUUGUGCUUUCAUUGGCCAUAUUUGGUUGAUUUAAGCUUUAAGCAGUACAGCAUAUUCUUCUUUCAAUAGCUUUUUUGUUUACUAUUUCAUUUGAAAAUAUAAUUGCUCCAGGAUGCUUUGGUGACACAAAGUUUUUUCAAGUUCAUAACAUGUGAUUCCAAGCCCAUUUUUGUUUCCAGCCAGUCCUUGUUAAUUUAAUAAAUAAAAUGAAUAAGAGUUUUUAAAACUUAAA